GCGACGUCCCUCGCAGGUCGAGCCAGUAGUCGGAACGUUUCCGCCUCGCGGCCGCCUUUACCGUCGGCCCAGACGCCGCCGCUGCCGGUGGAGUGUGAGGACGCUGAGCCGUGCUGCCGGCGGGUAAUUUGGCGCUUCGCAUUCCCUCCGGCUGCUCAUAAGGCGGUGGUGCCGGCGCCCGAAGGAUGUGGCGGAGGCGGCAGUGGCAGGCGCCGCGGCCGAGGGAGCCCUGAGCAAGCGCUUCCCGGCUCCGCGCACCGGCGGCCCGGCCCGCUCGUCCAGCGGCCCCUCGCCCCCCGCCCCACCCCGCGGCGUCGCCCCUCGCGGCAGAGCCCACCCCUGGCCCGUUCCCCGCGCGCUGGAGCCCCGCGCCGUGGCUGAGGGGGAGUCCGUGAGCGCGGGAGCCGAGCGCCUCUCGGGGAGCCAGCGGCAGCCAGGAUGGCCUCGUCGUCGGGCAACGACGACGACCUCACCAUCCCCAGGGCUGCCAUCAACAAGAUGAUCAAAGAAACGUUGCCCAACGUCCGUGUGGCUAAUGAUGCCCGGGAGCUGGUGGUCAACUGCUGCACUGAAUUCAUCCACCUCAUCUCCUCCGAGGCCAACGAGAUCUGCAACAAAUCGGAGAAGAAAACCAUUUCCCCAGAGCAUGUCAUACAAGCACUAGAAAGUUUGGGGUUUGGCUCCUAUAUCAGUGAAGUAAAAGAAGUCUUACAAGAAUGCAAAACAGUAGCCCUAAAGAGAAGAAAGGCCAGUUCACGCUUGGAGAACCUCGGCAUUCCGGAAGAAGAGCUUCUAAGGCAGCAACAGGAAUUAUUUGCAAAAGCCAGACAACAGCAAGCAGAACUGGCGCAGCAGGAAUGGCUACAGAUGCAGCAAGCAGCUCAACAGGCGCAGCUUGCUGCUGCUUCAGCCAGUGCAUCCAAUCAGGCAGGAUCCUCUCAGGAUGAAGAUGAUGAAGAUGAUAUCUGAAAUUCACCAGCUGAGUUUGUCUUUACUAAGAAAUAUUUUUCCUGCACAAUGAAAACAGUGAAAUGAAUGCUUACCUGUAAGUUUGUAUGCAUCAUGGACUGGCAGUUGGUAUUCUAGGGGUGUCUGCUGUUGUGUGCUGUACAUGUAUAAACUGUCAUUUUUUUGAACUCUUGAAGAUUUAAGGUUCAGUAUCAUAUCAACUUUGGAUUUUUAAUGGUGUAUAUGGAAAUUUUAGAUAGCAGUGCGUCAUUUAUUUGAUCAAUAAACAGUGUUACAAUAAACAACGAGUUUAUAAAAUAUAGUGAGAUUUAUACAAAAAAACUCUAAAUCCACAUUUGCAUUUCUUCCCUUUUAACUAAACUAUAAAAUCUUACUUAGAAUUUUUAAUUGUUUUUUGGGGGAGUGGUACAGUAGGCAUAAUCUGUUAAUGGGAAAAAAGCAGAGUUCAGCAUAGUAGAGUCUGAAUUCUUAGUUCUUUUUAAAAUGAGGAUGUAUACGGCAAUAAAUAUUAUAUAUGCUCAAAUACCACACUUGUUAAAAUUUGAAAAUGAUACAUUUUCACCAAGCUAGGUAAAGGUAUGUUUAAUAGGAGUUGUACAAAUUCAGUCAUUUUUUUGUAUAGGGGUGAAAACAAACCAUGGUUUUAUUAUGACAUCCUUUGGCAGUCCUAACUGAAUAUUUCGCUUCAAAGACUGCCUGGUUUGAAGAACUAACUGCUAUUGUUUCACUCCAGUUUAAUGUUAACUGUUGUUGAUGGUAUUUCAUAGACCAGAUCUAUUCAUAUUGUUGAGAUAUAAAGCUGGAACUUGAUGAAACAAAAUUGUUUUAGUUCCACUGACGUAACUGGGAAUGAUUAAAUAUAGAAGCCUAAGAAAGCAAAAGAUGAAGCUAAGAGCAUGCUUACCAUAAAAGAGGGAAUUUAUUUAACCUUGAUUAGUCAUUGUUGUCAGCAUAAUGCUAACAUUCCCCAGACUAGAUUGCCACUGGAUUACUAGAAUACCUUGUUGAAAGAUAACAUUUCCUUCAUUCAAAUUGGUUCGUAGGUAAGUCUGGGUUUUUGAUAAACUAUUCCCCAAGAGUGAUCAGCAAUACAUGGAACAGAAAUGAUGUAGUAGUCGUUUUGAUAGUUGAUUUGAAAAUUCUGUUGAUUAACGGAUGAGCAGCUGUUCUUUGUGUUGAAAUAAAGCACAGUAGUGUCCAUUGCUGAAUUUUAAUGUGUUACUUGAAGUAAUACUGGCAUAUCUUCUGGUACACUAAUCUGAGCAGACUAGAAAAGCCACUUGCAUGCUGCUGUAGAUGAUCCCAUAGCUCUCUAACAAUGUGGAUUGUUUUUUAUUAACUUGUGUCCUCAGCAAAUUGCUCUAGUUCAAAUUCUUGAGGAGGGCAGCAGCAGUCUGUUUACAUAAGGAUGCAAACAGAAAAUGGUGUGCCCAUUUUUACAUAAAGAUCUGCAAGGUACAAUUGGCACAUAUUCAGAUCUCAGUCACAUAGUGACUUUUGAUUUAAAUUUUAGAUACAUCAAGUUGUGUAUUGAAUAAAUGCGAACAUUAAUGCAGUGAAAACUCAGAAAAGUAUUUGUUUAAAUGUUUGAGUUUAAAAAAGAAAAACAAAAGAAAAAAAACCUUCCAUGGAUACUAUAUGAAAUACGUUAGGCAGGGUUUGACCGAGGAAGUGGUUUUCUGUAAAGGUUUAAGUACCAAAGGUAGAAAAAUCUAGUCUAGCGAUACAAUGUUAAUGUGCAGUGUUGGCUUUUCUAAUUUGUACUGUAACACCUUCACACUUUCUAUUUUAAAUGAAUCUUUUCCUUUUAAAUAAUAUUAGGUAUAUUUUCACACCUUUCUUUUCUGAUGCAGAAUUCAGGUUAACAUUUUACUGCAUCUGGUAUGUAUGGUGUAAUAUGUUUGGAUCCUUGUGACCUUUCUUUUGGACAUUCUUGUGCUUUUUCAUAUGCUGUAUUCUUCAAGCAAUAAAAUUCUGAUGUGUUUUUAUAAAAUUGCUUUUAUAUUUAAUGAAUAGUCUGUCUUCUUCAUUGCAUUUAUAAAGAAAAAAGUUAAGACUGCUUAAACUCUGCUGUUAUUUUGACCCACUGAACACUUCUUGUGACCGAAGUCUUUACAACCUGAGUGCUGUUGGAUGGCAUUGCUGUUCACUGGGGUUGUCAAUGCUUGCAAACAAUAUUUCUGGGCUUGACCUGCUCUCUUUCCUCUUGGGAAUUGCAUUUUGUGUAUAUGCCUUUUUAUAACCUAACCUUCUUAACUUGAAGUUGGACAAAACCUCUGUAGAUCAGGUAUAAGUUACUGAAAUACUUCCAGAUUAACAAAGGAAAAGACCACAGGCAGAGGCUAGAGAAAUAAGAAUAUAUGUUAGUCUCCUGUUGAAUUAAUUUCAUGUAGAUAGUCUUGUUUAGAGACUACUUUAUUUAUUCAGCCAUUCCAUCUCAAGUAUGAAAAGUAAAUGCUGGCAGAUGCAGGGGGAGAAUCUUCACUGAUCUUUCAACAAACUAAGAAUUUUGUAUUACUUUCCUGUUGUGCUUCCAUGUACUAUCUGUUCAGUGAAGACAAGAGAUUUCUGAAUUUGUGGUACAACUGAUUUUUUGGUACACCAGAUACAUAUAGUGUAAAGUUUGGUUAGUGAACUGUGUUGUUACUUUGUCUCAGAAGAAACACGUAUAAGGAUGUGUCCGUUUCUCCAUUGUUGAGUUGAUGAGAUUAUCUGUGGGUUUUCCAUAAUUAUUCUGACAGUCUGUUUCAGAGUGCUUUCACUAAGUGAUUUUAUUGCAAAAUCUUUCUUUUCUGUUACUUUAAUAAAGCGUAUGUCUGCAUGACAAUGUGGAUAAUGAAUAUAGUUGUAUUUACUCCUCUGAGGUACUUUUAAAGGAAGUGUCUUGAGGAUUCUAAACAUCAAAUACUUAAAAUGGUAUUUGAAUUUCACUACUUAAAUGUGGCUGGUUGAGUUUGGUAUUGAAACACUGGAAAGGAAUUUCUGCAAGAGUAGAAAAAGUCUCUGAAAGCCACAAUUAUAAAUGGUGCUCUUCAGAUUUUGUGAAAGUACCUCCAUUAAGGAGGACUUGAUGUAAUAAUGUCUGUGUUGCAGUUUUCAUAAUUUUGAAACAGUGCCAAGUCAAGAGCAUAAAGUGACUUAAUGAUUGUUGUGGAUCAGCAAACCCCUUACUCUGAAAUGUAUGUCUCAUUUAUAUCUCCCAAUGUUGGAUUGCAAUUUUGUGUAAACCAUGUACAAAACAGUGUGGAAGGAGAAGUGUUAAGGAGAAAGGUUAAGAAUGCUGUGGCUAAACUUACUUUUGGUGUUACACUAUUAAUCUGUCUAAGAUAGAAAAGUUUUACUUACACAGUGGGAGCGUGUCAGUGGGAUACUGGACAGCAUUGAGAUGGAUUUUGCGUACAGAUAGACAGUCUAGCUCUUUGAUCCCUUGGACUUACUAAAAGUCUACUCAAUGAAUGUGCCAUCUGUGACUAGAGUGUGCUGGGUAUAACUCAGUGGUGAAAAAGAGUAUCAGUGAAGCUUAGCAUAGGCCAGUUAAGGUUUGCUGGCAAUCAGGAACAAUAACUUCCUUUGCAACAGAUGUUUGUGUUUAGUCUGAAUAAUUUUUUUCCUGAUUGAAAUUAGUGUUUUUGGUCCCAUGCAAGCAUAGCUACAGAAAUUAGUAAUUUUGAAAAUUUAAUAAUGGAAAUAGUUAUCCCAGUUCUUGGGUACGUGGUGCACCAAGUAGGCUAGAGCUGUGCAUUCCUGGAAAGAAACAGAUCCAGUGAAUGCUUGAAUUGGAGGCUGUUCUUUUCUGUGGUACUGUGCUAGAAUGCAACUGAGCCAGUGCUUGGGGAGUGGAGGUUUUGCAGCAAAGUGAUUGGCCAGUGAAUCCAAUUGGAUACGCCAGAUCCCAUACAUGAGUCAUUCCGAAAUCCCAUAAGCAUGGGUUUUGCUGUGUGGAUGAGUCUAACAUAAACCUGAAUAACUGAGGGUAGAAAUAUCUAGCAGAUGAUGUUCCUGUGUAUGUUGGGAAAGGUGAUGUUUGAUUGUAAUUCAUGCUUGUGAUUAAUUGUCAUGUUGGCUACAGGAAUGCAACGUGAAGAUUUCUGUCCCACAGGCUGAACCAAACAUUCAAGUAAGGAUUGACAGUACUUACUACAACCUGUUUCCUUUUUCCUGAGCUUUAAAUGUGAAGAGCUACUAUGCUUUAUGUAUCUGGAGUGAAGAUUUAUAAGAGGCAUAUUAAAUUCUGUAAAGAUUAUAUUUAAUUUCAAGGCAGAAUCUUCAUGGGGUUAACUUUUUAAUGCUUUAGAGAUGUUUGGGGUUUUUUUCUUUGUUUCAAAGAAAGUCAUGGGUAUUAAACUAGAGGCACUGAACUCCUCAUUAUUUGCAUCAAAGGCAGAAGAAUUUCACCAUCGCAAGGCCUGGAUUUCACUUCUCCUCUUCCCUCUCAGCCCCCACCUAGAAUAACUAAUGGAGUAGUAGUAUUGCAUGGUGUAACUUCGAACGAUUCCCACACUAAUCUCAGUAGGAAUUAGUCCAGUUUUGGUAUUAGUUACUACUCAGUAACUUUUAUAUCUUCAAAGCAUUGUACAAGCAUUAAUUAGGUAUAGACAAUGUUGCACUGCCCAGUGUAAUAAUGUCAGUAUUUGAGCAGUCCAUGCUGUGCUUUGAAGUUAACACUUUCACAUGCUACAGAACUAAAAGGUGGUGCACUAUGUAGAGGAAAAAGAUGUUAUCUUCAUGACAGACUGCAUGGAAGGGUGACUCAUCUAGAGAGCAAAUAAUUGGGAAAACAUACAGACUUGUUAUAAAAGUCAUUGUCAGAGAUGAAAGCAUUUAUUUGUAAUAGCACAGUGCUUGGGAUUGCUGGUUAUGGCCCAGGACUUGGUUUUAUUAAUGUUGUGUUCAAGUUUCAUUCUGUCACCUACAGAGUGAAAAACCACAGCUGAAUUAGAAAUCAAAUUAAAUGUCCUUUUUGUUUCAGGUAUGAAUUUGUUUUCUCAGGCAGCAGUAUAAACCAUGGGAGAAAACUAAAUUUAUCAGGGCAGUGGCAGUGUUAGUAAUACAAACAACCUAAAAGUCCGCACCAUCCCACCCUGCAGUAAAGUAGACCUCACUUCUAAAAAUGUUAGAAAAUGUGUAUGACGAAGGAAGAAUAUGAGCAACAGAGAUUCCCCCCCCCCCGCCCCCCACUGUAAUGCAAACAGCUAACUGGGGCAACUUUUCAUGCAUAGAUAGUUAUUUUUCAGGCAGGUCAAGUUCAAAACUUUAAAUAAAGACAGUUGCUUCUUAAAUACACACUUAAAUACAUCUUCCGUAUUCUCUCAUAGUGUUAUAUAUUCUCUACCUAUGGUAAUUUAAUUGUUGGGGAUUGCUGGGUAAGUUGUAUACAACUAAACUCAUUGCCCUUAAAUUAUGAGGAACUUGUUCAUGUCUUGCUUUCAAUAUGUUCUAAUGUUUUGAAAUUCGAAACUGUUGGAAACAAUAAUGUUUUAAUUUCUACAAAAAUUUUACAGUUUUUGAGAUGCUUAUAAAAUUGUUUUUAAAAAUAUAGUUCCAAAUAGAAUUUAAACAAAGCUAAAGUUUUAUAAACAAAUGAAAUUAGUUUAUUUUAAUAUAUUGUAUCAUUAAAAUGAAAGGGGCAAUUUGUGACUGAAUGUGAAAAAGAUGUUUCUUCUCUCUGCAGGAUGUGAAAACACAGGGCUAAACUGUCUUUCAUUGCUGUUAGGGAAUUAUCUUUUCCAAAAUGUGGAAAAAUGUUAUUUUACCUAUUUUGAAAGUGUUAGUUGAAGUUCUGAGACAAAAAUCACCCCUCUGACUUUUCUCUCAGGAAAAUGCACUGGCUUCCCGUCUUAGAUGAAAAGGAUCUAGGGCAUGAGUCACACAGUGCUGUGGGAAGAACUAGAGUAGCAGACAAGCCAGGGGGGAGAGGGCAUUUCAUUGAUUGCUUUAACUGUGUUUUUGCUUUAAUGAUGUGGAAAAGGGAUUGAGAAUUGGACAUUGCCCUAAAAUGAAAUAUCUGGUAUGACUGUGUUGUAAUAGCAUACUUUAAAAGUUUCUCCUUUAUGAAGGCAGAAUAAAGCUUCUGAAUGCUGAAAUAGAUUUUAUUUUUAUUCUUUUUUUUUUCUUCACAUGUAUCUGUGUUGGAUAUAUUUUUGUAGCCUGCCUCAGUGGUGUAUAUAUUCCAACCCAGAGGGGCAGUUUAGUCCUCAGAGUCAAUCAAAUUUUCUACCUGGUGCUGAAAAUGGUGCCUUUUUUUAGCCUGAAAGACAAAGGUCAUAGGAAAUGGUAACAUCUUUUUGUGGACUAGCUAUUAAAGACACAAAGGUAGUAGCAACACAACUGAACCCUUAUGUUCUGUGUACUUCCUUUUCAAAAGUUCGUCAGCUUAGGAGACCUGUACGUAAGGAGAAUACCCACGGUAGUGGUAAAUCCAAAUUGAAAAACCCUGGCUACUAGAAGGUGAGUGGGUUAGGGAGGGAAAAGAACAGUUUUAAGAAAUUGUGUAUAUUCUUCCCUUUGCAUCUCACCAUGUCUCAAAGGGAAGAAUAUGCGAACACAAGGGUGUGUGUGGGGAAAGUCUCUUACUAGGAUUCAGUUGGCUACCUGAUAGAUUUGAUCUGCCUUUUAAGUCCAAAGAGGAAGCAUUGGUCUUUUAAUUUAGUUAAAUACAGCUCCAAAGAUGUCAUGUCAC